GGGUUUGUGUUGUUCUUGCACUGUCCACUAAUAUCUGACGUCAUCUUGGAGGACCAACAAUCAUCGGCGGAAGAACUCCCAGUUGAAUUUGGUUAGCGGCAAGAAGUUGCUGUUCUCUGCCGAGUACAGUUUUUACGGAUUUAUCCCCUGUCUACGAUACUGGUGUGCACCAUGUCUGUGGACUACGCUGCAGGACUCUCACCAUACGCAGAUAAAGGCGUUUGUGGUAUCCCAGAGGUGUUCGACAGCCCGGAGGAACUGCGGAGUAAAGUGGAGACUCUGGCCAAGCUCGUGCGGGACGCUCAGUACCUGGUGGUGCACACGGGCGCGGGGAUCAGCACAUCUGCGGGCAUACCCGACUUCAGGGGUCCUAAGGGUGUGUGGACGAUGGAGCAGCGUGGGGAGUCUGUGCGUUUCGACACCACGUUUGAGGAGGCGCGUCCCAGCCUCACCCACAUGGCCCUGCUGCAGCUGCAGAGGAGUGGGCGCCUGCAGUACCUCAUCAGCCAGAACGUGGACGGCCUACACAUACGCUCCGGAUUCCCGCGAGAUCGUCUAUCGGAGUUGCAUGGCAACAUGUUUGUGGAGGAGUGUGGAAAGUGUGGCAAGCAGUAUGUACGGGAAAAGGUGAUCGGUGUGAUGGGACUGAAACCCACUGGAUCCUACUGUGAGGUUACCCGCUCACGAGGCCUACGGGCAUGCAGGGGGAAGCUGAUGAGCACCAUACUGGACUGGGAGGACUCGCUGCCAGACCGUGACCUCAACCGAGCUGACGAGGCCUCCAGGCGUGCUGAUGUGGCCAUUACGUUGGGAACGUCUCUUCAGAUUAAACCCAGUAGUGAUCUUCCUCUCAUCACCAAACGCAAGGGAGGCAAACUGGUCCUCAUCAACCUGCAGCCCACCAAAUAUGACAAGCACGCCGACCUGCUUAUCCAUGCGUACGUUGACGAGGUCAUGGCUCAGCUGAUGAAGUGCCUGGGGAUGGAGAUCCCCGCGUGGGAGGGGCCAACGCUGUGCGAGACCUCCCCCGGCGACCCGUUUGCCCCGCCCCUCAGCAAACUGAAGACUGAGCUGAAGGAGGAGGAGAAGAAGAAGAGGAGGGGAUCACGGGAGAUAAAGAAAGAAGAGAAGGAUGGAGAGAUGGAGCUAAAGAAAGAGAAGCAGGAUGGAGAGAUGGAGGAAGCCACGGGUGUCAAACGAGAACAGGAAGGCCCGCCCUCAGAGAGCCCUCCAAUGAGGGAACCUGCAACAGUGACUGACAGUGGCUCUGAGCCAAUGAGAACACAAGCUGGCUCUUCAAGCGAUUCAAGGUCGGUUAACGGGGCAGAACACGAGCCUUCCUGCCCGGAUCAGCCGUCCGAACCCAAAAAAGCCCGGACUGAGGUUUCUGCUACUUAAACAGACUGAAUCACACACACACACACACACACACACACACACACACACACAGACAGGACAAACUUUACCAGACAGACUGACCAUGUCUUGGACUCCUGUCGUGUGUGGCCUGAAUCUGCUCUGAUGUCACCUGGUCCCUGGCGCUUCACAGAAUCUCAAUACAAGCAACAAAGUACUGUGUACAGGACACCAGGAAGAACUAGCCAGUAGGAGUCAGUCAGUCGUGUGUGUGUGUGUUUGUGUUUGUGUGUGUAAGAUCUCGCAUGACCACACUGUAUGUUACAGUGUACCAGGAGCAUCCUAAAGACUUGGUGUGGAGCCUGACGAUGGCUGUGUGAUUAUGGAUUUGUAUCAGGAUCAGCCUCCCAGAUUUCUUCUGUCACAGCUUAGAGAAGCUCUCUGUUCAUGUUCUUCAAAUGGACAUGAUCUCUGUUUCUUUGAACUGCCUAUGAGCCCAUUCAAUUGUCUGGCCAAUGUCUCUGAUAUGCAAAGCCAGUUGUUACCUGUAACAUGCACACGGCACACGCACACAGUCUCGGCAGCCCUCUGUUCCCCCUCACUCAUCAGCACGCCUGGAACACACACACACACACACACACCCCUGUGAUCUCCUUCAUGAGUUUCUGUCCUGAUUUCCCUCUCGACUGUCUGGUGGCGGUUUGGUCAGUCAUCACUGGUGGCCUGGCGUCUUCCCGCCUCCCCUCACCACAGAGAGAGUGUCGACCGCCUCCUGCUCCUUUGUGUGUGUCCUCUGACAGAGGGACUGCCUCCCUCUUUAGUGUGUGUCUGUGUGUGUGUUUGUGUGUGUCUGACAAUAGAGAAACCACCUCCUGGUCUAUUGUGUAUAUCGGACUCUGCCUGUGUUUGGGAAUACUCUGGUGGAACGUUCUGAAUGUUUUUUGUGUCAUGUCUGUGUGUGUGUGUAAGUGUAAGAGAGAGAGAGAGCAUUUGUAAUUUAUUUCGCUGUGUAUGUGUUUCUGGUUCAAAGACUUUCUACUGAAAUUGACCUCUUCCGCCUAGCUAUUUCUCAGUCUUCCUCUGUCUAACUCAAACAGUCUGUGUAUUUUCAAACAUUUGUGCUCGUCAAUAAGAGGCAAUCACGUGUGUGUGUCUGUGUGUGUGUGUGUGUGUGUGUGUGU